AUGCCAUCCGUUGGUGACAACCGCGGCAGGUCCGGCGAGCGGGAGGUCUCUCGUCCCGUUUUGCUUAGUGCAGCUCAUUCGAUGAUGGGAAGAGGGUCCACGACGGAACAUGCGGUUAAAGGGGAGGCUUAUUCUUCCGCCGAUGGCCCUGAGAGGGAGCCUCCGACCGAGCAGGAGGCUGGUGCCGUUGACAAGGAGGGCCAACCGGCCGCUGACAAGGCGAGGGAGGAGUGGAAGGAGGACGAGAAGCCCAACUCCUCGGGCUGGGGGAAGUCUGAUGGAUGGGAUGGGAAGUCCUCCUCGGACCGGAGAGAGGCCAAGCUGUCUCCCGAGGCUGCUGAGUCGAAGGCCUUGGGAGGCAGCUUGUGGAGAAGCUCUUGGGAUCCGGAGUGGCGGUCCCAUGCUAGGAGUGCUCCUGCCGCAGGCAACAGACGAAACUAUUCGUCUUCGUCAUGGGAUAUGCCCCCUGAUUGGGAUCCUCAAAAGGAGUAUGAUGAGCUCCCCGCAAGCCAGCGGGCCAUUCUUGAGAACAACUUCAUUGGUCUGUCUGACGGGGAGAAAUACUAUGGUCUAGAGAAGGGCUGGCUCUACUGUGAGCUGUGCCGGAAGAAGACGAGUAUUUCCUUUGACAUUAUGAGCACCCAUCUGCAGUCUGAGAAGCACCAACGGUAUCUUAGGUGGAUGGAAAUGCAACCUGAUGAAGCUCGAAUGAAGGCUAUUGAGGAUAUGCAGCUCACGAACUCGCCUUCUAAGGAGGACCUUUCGGCAGCUGUAGUGCCGACGGGUGAGGGUGGGAGUGGUGGUAACUCUCCCGUAAUUAAGCAGGAGGAUCUACCUAAAUUCAUUGAACUGAGGCCGGACUGUUUUUAUUGUACACUUUGUGAUGCUCGGCCCCAGGCGUGGUCAUCUCUAGAGGGUCACAUUGCUGGUCAGAGGCAUAGAAGUCGAUAUGAGAGGGCCGAGUGGGAGCAGUCGGGCCAGGCUGCUAGCUGGUAUGAACAGAUAGCGGCCUCCUCGGUAUCGACUACGGCUCCUGCCCUUCCCUGGACCUAUUCAAGCACCUCUUCGACCUCUGUAUCAACGUCCUCGGUAUGGCAGCAUUCACAGCCUUGGCAGCAGCCACGAGUGGCAGCGGAACGACCGCUUUUCGCGCCAAAUGGCCGCCUUCUGCCUCCUGGAUUUCGCUACGCCCGGGCUCAAGCGAAGGCCAAGGCUGUUAAGGCCGCUGGACCGCCAAGCCGAGAGACGUUUAAAGCUGAUGGUGUGUUGGUGUGA